UCAGCAAUCAUCAAAACAUUGUGAAUAAAAACAUUUGUAUGUCUCGUGAGAUCUAAAAAAAUAAUUACUAUAAAGAUUAAAUCAGUCAGUAAUGAAGCGAUAACUCUUCAUAUCAUAAAUACAAUAAGCAACAAUAUAUUCUCUUAAAAAUUGCUCAAUGAAGCGAGCGUUCUGUGUGUUGGCGGCUCUUAGAACAGAACAGAAGCAAAGUGUACUUGGCAAGAUGCUACCAGUUACCAAUUUCAAGGAAUGGAAGUUCCGUAGCACCCCUAACUAUGCCGCUUUACCUAUAGAUGAGAACCCUGAGUAUAAUGUACCGAUGGCAGUGAAGGAUGCAGUGUUUUCUAAGGUACCAACAGAGCCUCUAGCGGGGACAUUACACUUAGUAUGUGCAUCAGAUGAUGCUCUCACCGACCUGCUGGACCUGCACCCCAGUGUGGCGGAGACUGCGGACUUCAUCAACUUUGUGGCUGGUGCCUAUCUACCUGAGGGAGGACUUACUGUUUCACACAGGUAUGGAGGUUACCAGUUUGGACAUUGGGCAGACCAGCUGGGUGAUGGCAGAGCUCAUAUACUUGGCGAAUAUGUGAACAGUAAAGGUGAAUCCUGGCAGCCCCAAUUGAAAGGUUCCGGGGAGACUCCAUAUUCCCGGUUCGGUGAUGGUCGAGCAGUUCUACGGUCUUCUAUCAGGGAGAUGAUCGCGUCUGAAGCUUGCUACUACCUCGGCAUACCCACCACUAGGGCCGCGGCUUUGGUAGUGAGUGACGAUCACAAAGUGUGGCGAGACAAGACGUACAGUGGGCGCGCGAAGCAGGAGAGGGCCGCCAUUGUGAUGCGUCUCGCCAACGCCUGGUACCGCAUCGGGUCGCUCGAGAUAUUACUCAAGCGGAGAGAACCACAUACGCUGAAGUUAUUGACCGAUUUUAUUAUUAAACAUCAUUUCCCUGAAAUCGAGAAUGCUGAAGGAGACAAAUAUGUCAAUUUUUAUAAAGAAGUGGCUCACAGGAACCUCGACAUGGUGGCGACUUGGCAAGGUCUUGGCUUCACCCAUGGCGUGUUGAACACAGACAACGUCAGCCUGCUAGGUGUGACCAUAGACUAUGGUCCCUACGGGUUCAUAGACCACUACUACCACCAUUUUGUGCCCAACACGUCCGAUGAUAUGGGCCGGUAUGCCUUCAAUAAACAACCUGAGAUUCUUCUAUGGAACUUGGAGAAAUUGGCCGAAGCUAUGGAACCUAUUUUGUCAGCUGAGCAGAAACAAGAGAUUGAUCGAGUAGAAGCUACUUUAGAGAAAUAUGUGAAAACAAAAGUAUUGAAAACAUAUUUACAUAAGUUAGGGCUGGAAGAAAUACAAGAUGGAGACCAGAAAUUAGUGGACGACCUACUCGAGGUGAUGCAGCUGAAGAUGGCUGACUUUACAGCUACGUUCAGACAACUAGCUGAGGUGGAACCACAACAGUUGUCGGAUGAAACUGUACUGGGGACCAAAUGGUCUCUUAGCAAGUUGAUCGGAGUGCCUGCUUGGGACAAGUGGGUGGAAUCUUAUCAAGAUAGGCUGAAGAAAGAGAAUGUGAGUGAAGAAGAGCGUAGACGGCGAAUGGUUGCAGUGAACCCUGUGUACGUACCACGCAACUGGAUCCUAGAGGAAGCCAUCAAAGACGCAGAGAAUAAUGAUUUUGAAAAGGUACGCUUCUUAGUAAAACUGUUUAAGAACCCAUAUGAAGUGAACGAGGAGGCAGAGAAGCGAGGCUACUCCGCACAACCGCCGAGCUGGUCUUAUGGACUCAAACUUAGUUGUUCUAGUUAAACUAUAUUAUUAUGUUUCAUUCUAUUUCACAUUACUACCCAUCUCAGUAACGUAUCUAUUAUUAGUGAUGAUAGAACUUUGACAUAAGCUCUAUAUAAAAUAUGUUUGAGAAAAUUAAUUUCUAGGUAGCAAAUCUAAAUAAAGAUAUCAAACAUAGAAAGAUAUUCCCCGCAUGCGGGCUCUAUGGCAUGCGUUUCAAAAUCUCCCGCACCCCGCAUGCGGACGCUGACUAAUGAAAAUGCGCCCUAAAUAGGAUUGGUUACGAAGGUAACGUUAACAAUCACGUUUACGUUUUUAAUUUUGUUUUAUAGUUUGGUAGUUGCUCCGCUAGAGGCGCCUCUGUCGAAUUAAAGUAGCGAGGUCUUCCAUUAGUUUAGUUCAAUUAAAUUCUCGUGCAAUUAACAUCAUUCGUCUUGUAUACGUAAGUUGUUUUUGCGAUUACAAGUCAACUAUCUUUAAGAUAGUCUUGUUUGUUUUAGAGGUCUAUAGAAAAAUAGAACAUUUUCAGUUGUAACUUAAAAUUGCUAACCUGUAAUACUUGAUGAACAAAAACUAAGAUUAGUUAUUGUAGUGGUAUUGCUAUUUAGGUGACUGUACACAUGUGUACUUGUGAUUAAAUCAACAACGCUUGUGAUACAAAGAAUAUCUUAAAAAGAUUAGGAUAAGGUCGAGUUUGUAAUGUUUCGUUAUGGUGUAAAGCUAACAUUAGAUUAUUAUCUAAGUAGAUUUAGUUUAAUUAGAACAUUGGAAAUCAUUAAUGCUAAGACAUAUGUUUUUGUUUAUAUUUUUUUCUAAUAUAUCAUUGUUAUUUA